AUGAACAAGCCAGUCGCCAUUAUUGGUAUCGCUUUUCGGGGGCCUGGCGACGCUCGAGAUCCAGAGGCCUUCUACCGCAUGCUCGUGGAAGGCCGUAAUGCACGGACUAAGAUCCCUAAAGAUCGUUACAAUGUCGACGCUUUCUACCAUCCCGAUGCAGAACGACUAGGCAGUAUUCAACAAAGGCAUGCCCACUUCUUGCAACAAGACUUCAAGGUGUUUGAUGCUCCAUUCUUCAGCAUCACACCAAAAGAGGCAAAGGCCAUGGACCCGACGCAUCGCAUCCUUUUGGAGGCUACGUACGAGGGCUUUGAGAAUGCCGGCUUGAGCCUGGAGAAGGUUUCAGGCACACAGACAUCCUGCUACAUUGGCACCUUCACAGCAGACUUUCCCAACUUGCAAGCACGCGAUAACGAAGGUCCUUCCAUAUACCACGCAACUGGCAUGUCAGCAUCACUGGCUUCCAACAGGUUAUCGUGGUUCUACAAUCUUCGAGGCCCUUCCCUCACGGUCGACACGGCUUGCUCAUCUAGUUUGACUGCAUUUCACUUGGCAUGUCAAAGCAUUCGUACAGGAGAAGCUGAGAUGAGCGUGGUUGGAGGCGCCAAUCUCAUGUUUGGACCGGAUAUGUCCAUCUUGUUAGGAGCUGCAAAGAUCCUGUCGCCGGAAGGUAAGAGCAAGAUGUGGGAUGCGAAUGCGAAUGGUUUUGCGCGCGGAGAAGGCUUUGGCGUCACAAUUUUGAAGCCUCUGGAUGCAGCGUUGCGCGAUGGUGACAACAUUCGAGCGGUCGUGCUGGCCACAGCCGCCAAUGAAGACGGCCACACGCCUGGUAUCUCACUGCCUAACAGUGAGGCGCAACAAGAGUUGAUUCGAAGAGCAUACCAGAUGGCUGGCGUAGAUCCAGCAGAGACGGGGUAUGUCGAGGCACAUGGAACGGGCACACAGGCUGGCGACCCGUUGGAGGCCCGAGCGAUCCUGAACACAGUUGGAUCGGUCGAGGGCCGCAGGUCGGAUCUUUAUGUCGGAUCUGUCAAGACGAACAUUGGACAUCUAGAGGGAGCAGCUGGUGUAGCUGGUAUCAUCAAGGCUGCACUGAUCGUUGAGCGUGGCAUGAUACCUCCGAAUCUUUGGUUUGAGAAGCUCAAUCCUGAGAUCGAUUUGCCGGAAAAUGUCAAGAUAGCCUCCAAGUUAACACCGUGGCCGCAUAACGGACCUCGCCGCGCAAGCGUCAAUAGCUUCGGCUUUGGUGGUGCAAACGCACAUGCCAUCCUCGAAGAUGCAGCAUCUUUCCUGUCACGUCAUGGCUUAAAGGGUCGACAUACAACGGCACCGCUCCUUCCCAGUCUGAGCAGUGUGCGCGUCAGCCAUCUCAGUGACAGCCCCAGCAGCUCUGCAAGCACAGUCACCGACGAGGCGACGAGCGGUGAAUCCAGCGACAACAUCAGCGACGUAUCGAGCGAGGUGCUGCGCGACGUCCAUCCCACGCCGAAGUUGCUCGUACUAUCUUCCAACGAUCAAGACGGUGUCAAGCGCAGUGCUGAGCGCCUACAAGGGUAUCUUGCUUCUAAGACCUCUACCGCACCUUCUUUCCUCAACGACCUGACAUACACGCUGAGCGCCAAAAGAACUGUGCUGCCGUGGAAAUCUUAUGCCGUGUCAUCGAGUGUCAGCGGCCUUCGAGAAAAGAUCUCAAGCCUCCCUCCCGUGGUCCGUUCCUCUGCCUCUGCGAUACCACGAAUCGCCUUCGUUUUCACGGGCCAGGGUGCACAAUGGCACGCAAUGGGAAGAGGCCUUUCUGUCUACAAGACUUUCGCUGAGAGCAUGCAGAGAUCGGAGGUCAUGCUCAAGUCGUUCGGCUGCCCAUGGAGUCUUGCUGAGGAGCUGAAUCGAAGCGAGGCUCAGUGCAGGCUGCGCGAAACUGACUACAGCCAGCCGGCCUGUACAGCCGUCCAGGUUGCGCUCGUAGAUCUCAUGAGCGGCUUCGAAGUGCGACCUGUUGCUGUCCUUGGUCAUUCCAGCGGCGAGAUUGCGGCUGCCUACGCUGCCGGCUUCAUCGACCAAGAGGCAGCAAUCAAGAUCGCUUGGCUCAGAGGACAGGUUAGCAAGACCGUCUCCAAGGAUGGCGGCAUGUUGGCCGUUUCUGCCAGUGCCGAUAGCAUACAGAGUCACCUCGAAUGCCUGAAGAGCGGCAAGGCAGUCGUAGGAUGCUUCAACUCCACCAAGGCUUGCACUGUCACUGGCGAUACGUCCGCCAUUGACGAGCUACAGACAGUAUUGAAAUACGCGCAGGUAGCAUGCACCCGACUGCCUAUGGAUGUUGCAUACCAUUCUUUUCACAUGGAGGCAGCCCGCGAGAAAUAUGAAAAAGCUCUGGAGGGUAUCGCGCAUGGCUCAACGUCGACCAUUCCUAUGUUCUCAUCCGUAACAGGUACACUGGUUAACCCUACACAGAUGAAGCCUUCGUACUGGGUAGAUAACUUGGUUUCUCCCGUGAACUUUGUCGCAGCCACCCGCUCCCUUUUAUGUUACCCACAGGAGAGCAAAUCGCGCAAAGCUUUCGCCAAUCUGUUCGUUGAGCUCGGUCCUCACUCAGCCUUGCGCAGCUACCUCUUGGACAUCUUCAGCAACGAGAACUGUGGUGGGGAUACGACGUACACCACUCUUCUUCGCCGACAUUUCGAUGGCGCUGUUACCGCGCUGGAGGCCAUGGGUCAUCUUUGGGCGCAUGGAUGCAAGGUCGAUCUGAGCAAAGUCAAUGAUGUAUCCUCUGAUAGCAUCAACAUGCUAGUCGAUCUCCCUCCCUAUGCUUGGAACCAUAAGCCGUAUUGGGAGGAAUCCCACUUGAGUCGUCAGCACCGCCUUCGUCAGUCACCGCGCACAGAUCUCGUAGGCUAUCGCCUGCUUGGAACGCCAGAGCACACAUGGCGCAACUUCCUACGGUGCAACGAGAACCCCUGGAUCCGCGAGCAUAAGGUCCAAGGCGACAUCCUCUACCCAGGUGCUGGCAUGCUCGCCAUGGCAAUCGAAGCGGCGCACCAGCUGGCUCAGGAGACGAAUGCCGACGAGAUAUAUGGUUUCGAGUUGCGCGAUGUUAACAUCGAUACUGCACUUCGUGUACCUGACACUGAGAAGGGCAUUGAGGUCAUGACGCAGCUGCACAAUCGUCGCACUGGAACACGAGCAGCGCCGUCCUCCACACUCUACGAGUUCACUAUCUUUUCUUGGAGUGAAGAGAUGAGUUCUUGGAGUGCGCAUGCCCGUGGUCUAGUCUCCGUCGCCUUCAAGGCCUUCUCCCCAUCUAUGGAGCGCGAGGUGGCACUGGAGAAUGAACGCUACAUGUCUUCCCUUGCCGAGGCUCGAAGAAUCUGCCAGAAGCCGGCGCGGAGCUUCCUAUACGACACAGUCGAGACAAUUGGUAUGCAGUACGGGCCAACUUUCCGAAAUAUGACGGAGCUGUACGCUGGGCCCAACGCCAGUUAUGGUGUCAUCAAGGUGCCUGACACUAAGGCUAUCAUGCCCAAGGGAUUUGAGUUCCCUCAUGUAGUCCAUCCGGCCACUCUCGACUCGGUCCUUCAUCUCAUCUUUCCUAGUAUCUCCGGCGAAGAGCAAGCAUUGAAUGAAGCGAUCGUCCCCAGAUCUUUUGAUCGCAUUUUCGUCUCAGCCGAUAUACCAAGGAAUGCUGGCGCAGAGCUAUGUGGCUGCUCUUCCGCAAAGAAACUGAGCUACACCACUUGGAAUUCAAACAUCACCAUGUCAGAGGCAACGAUGACCGAGCCUGUCGUCAUCAUGGAAGGCGUUGUGCUAGCAUCUGUUGGCGCAACAGAAGAUGCAUCGAGGCAACUGGAAACACGGGCAUCAUGCUUUGCGCAGAACUGGCACGUAGAUGCUGAUCUCUUGACUCCAUCACAGAUCAAAGAGAUCAUCUACAAGCGUACACUGAAGAGUAAAGAUGACGACUCUGUACUUGAUCUACUCGAGUUUGUGUGUCUGGUGUACAUCUACUGUAUCCUCGACUGGUUCCAGUCCGAGGAAGGGAAGGCACAUGUGCCACGGGAUGGCUUCUGGAAGUCAUACGUAGAGUGGAUGCAUGACACUGUCAAGCAAUUCCCUGCGCUACCCGCAGAUGUGGAGAGUGAGAUGGAGAAGGCUCGGCAACGCAUCGUAAAGUCCGAGAGCGGCGACAUCACUGUACAGAUGGUGGAUCGUAUCGGGCAAAAUCUUUCUCGCAUCUUCAAACGCGAAGUCGAAGCUCUGCAAUGCAUGACUGAGGGCGAUCUUCUUUACUCCUUCUACCGUGGUGCUUUCGGUACCAGUUUCAACACCAAUGUCGCCGAAUAUGUCGGUCUUAUUGCUGAUAAGCAACCCGGGUUGCGCAUCCUGGAAAUCGGCGCCGGAACGGGUGGUACCACAUACCAUGUUUUGGAACGCUUGCGCAAUCCCGAUGGAACCUCCAAGGCAGCUCAAUACUACUUCACUGACAUCUCUCCUGGCUUCCUUGCCAAGGCAGCUGACCGGUUCAAGCAGGAUGCGUCCAUUAUGCAGUUUGGCACGCUCAACAUCGAGAACACGCCCACAGAGCAAGGCUUCAACCCUGAGUCCUAUGACCUAAUCGUAUGCGCUAACGUACUUCAUGCAACGAAGAGCAUUCAAGAAACGUUAGCGCACUGCAAGCUGCUGCUAAAGCCAGGUGGUCGUCUUGUGUUGUCCGAGGUGACCAUCAAGCGUAUCUUCUCUGGGUUUAUCAUGGGCCCUUUGCCCGGCUGGUGGCUAGGAGAAGCGGACGGUAGGAUGGGAGGCCCACUCUUGGAUGCUGACGAGUGGAAUGCUGCAUUGAAAAAGGCUGGAUUCUCGGGUGUUGAUGUCGAUAUCCGUGGUGAUCGCGAAACCUCGAAAGAGCCUGUCUCGCUGCUCGUCUCAACCAAGCCUGAGACAGCCGCACCUAGCCUGCCUUCUUGCCUUGUCAUCACCGCUGGUACUGAAGCGUCAAACAAGCUCGCCGAUACCAUACAGAGGGCAUUUGCCUCGGCUAGUCAUGAUAUCAGUAUCGCUCAGUGGAAUGUUGUCACCAAGACGCAGGUGGAGGGCAAGUAUUGCAUCUGCCUUGCAGAAUGGGAGGAUGCUAUCCUCGCGAACCUCACCGAUGAUAAUUGGGACAGGUUGCGCGAAGUCAUUCUUUCAUCCGAAGGCGCCCUGUGGAUUACUGGUGGUGGUGCUCUCGACACCCCUUGCCCCAUGAACAGUCUUAUGGUUGGACUCGGAAGAGCAAUUCGUAAUGAAGACGCCGGCGUCCGCCUUGCAUGUCUCGAUUUGGAUCCACCAAUCACUGUCAACUUUGAGGAAGCGUCUCAGAUUAUACUUAAGGUUGCCCUUGCACAUAUUCGCGGUGAUAGCACAGAGGGCGAGUUCGCCGCGCGUGGAGACAUGGUCUAUGUACCGCGCGUCGAGCGAACUCUGGAAGUUGAUGGAUCAUUACGCAAGUAUGAAGCCAAGGGUGAUCCUGAGAUGGUGCCAUUCAUAGGCUGCGGACGUCCCCUUAAGCUGACUAUCAAGACACCCGGUCUGCUUGACACCUUCCAGUGGGAAGAGGAUGAGAUGUACCACACGCCACUGCCUGAGGAUUGGAUCGAGAUUGAAGUGAAGGCUGUAGGUCUCAACUUCAAGGAUGUCCUCAUUGCGCUCGGUAAUCUGGCCGAAAACAAGCUAGGUGUUGAUGCAUCGGGUAUCGUCACUCGUGUUGGAUCCGCUGUCACGGAUAUCAAAGUCGGCGACAGAGUGAUGACGGCAUCUUGUGACACUUUCGCCACAUACGUCCGCUUUCCAGCCAAGGGCGCCAUGUGUGUUCCAUUGGGAAUGAGCUUUGAGGAAGCCGCCUCGAUGCCCCUCAUCUUCCUCACGGCUUACUAUGCCCUGGUAACCGCGGGUGGCAUCGUCGCUGGCGAGAAGGUUCUGAUUCAUGCUGCUGCUGGUGGCGUCGGACAAGCUGCCAUCAUGAUUGCGCAAGCUAAAGGUGCUGAAAUAUUCGCUACGGUCGGCGCAGACACCAAGAAACAACUGCUCGUUGAGCAGUACGGAAUCUCUGAAGAUCACAUCUUCAGCAGUCGCGACACCAGCUUCGUGAAGGGCGUACUGCGUGCUACUGGCGGUCAAGGGGUGGAUCUGGUACUGAAUUCGUUGGCUGGUGAGGCUCUGCGUCUAUCAUGGACCGACUGCUUAGCAAAAUUUGGUCGGUUUUUGGAAAUUGGAAAAGCAGAUCUGUUCGCCAACACCGGUCUCGAUAUGAAGCCCCUGCUGGACAACAAGAGCUAUAUUGGCGUCAAUCUUCUUGACUUCGAAAACAAUCCAACCCCUCGUGCCGUAGCGCUAUGGCAAGAUACCACGAAAAUGAUCCAUGAUGGAUCGAUCAAGCCUAUUGCGCCACUUCAGAUUUUCACGAUGGCUGAAGUCGAGAAGGCGUUCCGCCAUAUGCAGGCAGGAAAGCACAUGGGGAAGGUGAUCGUCCGUGUGGACGAUGCGGACGUCGUUCGUGCCGUACCUCGGGUUCCUCGUGUAAGCAUCCACCCUGACGCGACGUACGUAAUUGCUGGGUUAGGUGGGAUUACGCGUGAGAUCGCGCGGUGGCUGGCAGAGAAGGGCGCACGCUACUUAGUCUUCCUCUCUCGCUCUGCUGCCAGCGGUACAGACAACCAGGCUUUCUCUUUGCAAUUGCGAAACACGUACGACGUCACGCCGCUGGCCUAUGACUGCGACGUUGGGGAUAAGACCGCCCUACAAGCAGUUUUGGACGACCUAAAGGCCAAGGGCUUGCCAUCGAUUAAGGGAUGUGCGACUGGUGCCAUGGUCCUGCAAGACUGCCUUUUCGACAAGAUGACCGCCGACCACAUACGUACAACAGUCGGUCCUAAGGUUCACGGCACCUGGAAUCUACAUGAGCUGCUACCGCGCGACAUGGACUUCUUCGUGAUGUUGUCUUCGCUAGCUGGUGUUAUGGGCCAUCGCGGACAGGGUAACUACGGAUGUGGUAACAACUUCCAAGACGAGUUCGCUUCGUUCCGACGCGGCCAAGGCCUACCCGCAAUGACUAUCGACAUUGGCUAUCUUCUGUCGGUAGGAUUUGUUGCUGAGCAUGACGAGUACGUUGAUCAUGUCAAGGCGAUGGGGUUGAAGGUCAUGCAUACCUCGGACCUGCAUGGUCUGCUAGCGACCGCCAUCGAAGGCCCCUCGCAGCACCCCGGGCAAGUCAUGUGCGGCCUGCCCUUCAAUGAGCACGAUGAUGCGUGGUACUGGAUGGCCGACGCGCGGUUUGCUGCCCUACGCAACGUCGCUGCUGGCUCCUCUGCCAAUGCCGGGCGGGCUAUUUCGCUACGGGAGGAGUUGACGCGUUGCGGCACCGCGAAUGAAGAGGCUGUGCAGCUCAUAACGGCAGCCAUCGUGCAACGGCUUGCGAGCUUGAUGAUGAUACCCGAGGCUGAUAUCGAUGCCGGCAGGCCAUUGAGCGCGUAUGGUGUCGAUAGUUUAGUCGCGGUUGAGGUGAGGAAUUGGGUUGCACGCGAAAUGGCAGUCGAAGUUUCGGUGUUUGACGUUAUGCAGAACGUGCCAAUGACACAACUGGCACAAAAUUUGGCGGAGAAAAGCAAGUUGCUCCUUGGUUAG